CUUCCUCGUCCCUCGUGUCAUAACAUGGUCGCCUAAUCUGGCAAUGACACGGACCCACAGCCAUCUGAAUUAAACGUGCGAAUCGAGGAUUUCUUCGCCGAAGCCAUGCCUCGCUACGAACUGGCCCUGAUCCUGAAGGCGAUGCAGCGGCCGGGGACGUCGGCUGCUCUCCGGCGGACAGUGGAGACUUUGAUGGAGCGGGGCGCGGUGGUGAGGCACCUGGAGAACUUGGGGGAAAGACUGUUGCCCUACACGAUAACCAAACACAAUGAGAGGCACAGCCGAGGGGGAUACUUUCUGGUCGAUUUCUACGCAGCCCCCAGCAUCCUCACGGGCUUACUGGAUCAUCUGCACCGCGAUGUGGACGUGGUGAGGCCCACUGUGCUGAAGAAGGACGACCAGGUUCCCAGCAGUAACUGCUGUGGCCCCCAACAGUGAUCGAAUGUUUCCACCGCUCAUAUCCAGACCGUGUACAGUGUGAUGCUUCCCUAUUUGAUCUUUUCCAUUGGUGUUGACCUACAUUUUGAAGUUAUAUCAUAAUAAACUACUUCUCUUUCUCA